AUGAGUCGAACAUACAAUAUCGCUAUGGUUAGCGACUUCUUUUUCCCACAGCCAGGAGGAGUCGAGAGCCACAUCUAUCAACUAUCCACGAAGCUCAUCGACCGCGGACACAAAGUCAUCAUCAUCACCCACGCCUACGAAGGCCGCAGCGGCGUGCGGAACUUGACCAACGGCCUGCGAGUCUACCACGUCCCGUUCCUCGUCAUAUUUCGAUCCGCCACAUUUCCGACCGUCUUCUCCUUCUUCCCGAUCCUCCGCAACAUCCUCAUCCGAGAGCAGAUCGAGAUUGUCCACGGCCAUGCGAGUCUGAGCAGUAUGUGCCAUGAAGCGAUCCUACACGCAAGGACAAUGGGUCUGCGGACCGUCUUCACAGACCACUCGCUGUUCGGCUUCGCGGAUGCAGCCAGUAUUCUGACGAACAAGAUCCUCAAGUUCUCCCUGAGCGACGUGGACCAUGUCAUCUGCGUCAGCCAUACAUGCAAAGAGAAUACUGUCCUCCGAGCGUCUCUGGACCCCCUCAUGGUCUCGGUCAUUCCCAACGCCGUCGUUGCCGAGAACUUCCGCCCCCUCGAUUACCCAUCUUCCGACGCUGCUGGACAACCCUUUGGACAGAACCCGCCCCCAGCGCACCAUCUCGGCCCGAACGACGUGAUUACGAUCGUGGUGAUAUCCCGCCUGUUUUAUAACAAGGGGACGGAUCUUCUGACAGCCGCGAUCCCCCGUAUCCUGGAGAACCACCCCAACACGAGAUUCAUCAUUGCCGGCUCGGGCCCAAAGGCCAUCGACCUCGAGCAGAUGAUUGAACAGAACGUUCUACAAGACCGCGUCGAGAUGCUGGGCCCGAUACGCCACGAAGAGGUGCGGGAUGUCAUGGUUCGAGGCCACAUCUACCUACACCCGAGUUUGACGGAGGCCUUUGGUACGGUCAUUGUGGAGGCAGCUAGCUGUGGGUUGUACGUCGUAUGCACGCAAGUCGGCGGGAUUCCCGAGGUCCUACCAUCUCACAUGACUGUCUUUGCAAAGCCAGAGGAGGACGACUUGGUUGUUGCGACGGGCAAGGCGAUCGCUGCUCUGAGGGCAAACAAGGUGCGGACUGAGCGCUUCCACGAGCAGGUCCGAAAGAUGUAUUCCUGGACCAACGUAGCCAUCCGUACGGAGCGGGUCUAUCACGGAAUCACCGGCGAGCUUAGCGAAGCCGAGUUUUACGGGUUCGACACCGCCAACCCCUCAACCUUUGGCAACAGUCGAGUGCGGUCCUUCACACUCAUCGAUCGGCUCAAACGCUACUACGGCUGCGGCAUCUGGGCGGGCAAGCUCUUCUGUCUCUGCGUCAUUGUCGACUACCUGCUGUUUUUAUUCCUGGAGUUGUGGUUCCCACGAGAGCAGAUCGACAUUUGCCCCGAGUGGCCGCGGAAGAUCGUUGACGAUGCUGAGGACUCUAAGGAGGAUUGA